UAUUUGCAGAAAAGAUGGGACCUGGCUUAUGAUUUGAGCAGAAGAAGAUAUGUAUGGAGCGUGAAUUAAGUGAAGCUGCAUUAAUAAUGAGUUAAACUAAUGUGCUAAAUGUACACAACCAAGAUGAGACGAGAUAUAUCGUCAAUACCUCCUUCUAUGCAUUCAGGAGAGGGAGGUGAAGGAUGUGAAGUGGUAGAAGGAGGAGAAGGUGGAGAAGGUGGAAUAUGUAAUUGUCAAGUUUAUCUAGAUCCAUUCCCAGCACCAGGCACAUUUUCUUGGAGAUGUGGUCUUCAUCAUUACUGCAGAGUAUGUAAUACCCAGCUCAACUCAUGUAAACAAACAAGGAUUCACGUUGAGGGAAAGAAACACGAGAAAAGACUUUCUCAUCUAAAAUAUAGCUUAGAGAAUACUGAUAAUUCUACUCCAAUAUAUCAGACCGGAUUAAACGGACUAAACGGAUUGAAUCCUCACAACGGAAUUCUGAACCCUGUCGGACAGGUUAGUUCAAUGCUAUCUACCGGUCUACCUACUCAUAUAUAUACCUACCCUCCACCCUGCCCUACCUACCAGAGUGCAGCGUACUACUAUCCCCCGACCUCUAUUCCAACCUACUCCUACCCCUGUACAGAAUAUAACUCCCAACCCUCUCCACCUACCCAGCAACAACAGCAGAGAGGGAGAACCAACCAUGCAACCACAACAACUCAUGGAGUUAUGUCACCUAGCCUCACUUCAGGAUUUUCUGGAAGUGGUGAUUGCAAAAGUACGGAGACUUGUUCACUGGCAAGUUAUAGCAGUACCCCCCACCCCCUUCACCAGUCAGCGGAAUCCAGUGAAAGUCAAACAGAACAGCAUUCUCCCAUUAGAGGAACUAGUAGCCAGCACACAGCAACUAGACAUACAAACCUACCUAGGGUAUCAGUGGAAGAGUCCCAGAGAGUCAGUUGCAAGGUUUGCAAUGUUUCUUUUCCUUCCUCAGCAGUUCUACAUCAUCAUAUCAUUGGAAGCAGGCAUAUUAAAAAGGUGAGAGCUCUCCGUGUAUUCAGAGAACUACAGGAGAAUGGAGUUGAGUUUAGAGCUCAGGAACCAACAGGAGAUAUUCGGUGUGAGGUUUGUGAGGUUUCUGUUAAUUCAUCCCAUCAACUCCAGGCGCAUAUGUCUGGGCAUAAACACAAGGCCCGGUGUUCUCGUCAAGGAGUAAAGCCCUCUCAAGCAGUAAUAUCACCUUCCACCAGACUAUUAACCCCUGGGUCCUCUACAGCCCCGUCCUCUACUCCAAGUGAAGCAAGUGCACCUGUUCGCACUUCUUCCAUUCUAGUCGGCAGGCCAAAAUUUGGUUCCCGACCGAACCUUUAUAGUUCUAGUAGACACAGUUCUACACCUAGACAGAGGUUUACAGGACUACAGACAACUAAAUCUAGAAGAACUUCAACUAAACUCUCACAAUCUAAGUCGUCCGGAGUAAAGGUGUCGACAUCUAAGUCGUCAGGACUAAAAGUGUCAGCAACUAAGUGGUCAGGAGUAAAGGUGUCAGCUACAGCAAGGAUGUCAAGUGCUGGAAAGCUGUCAAAUGAUAAUAAAAUGUCUGGAAGCCUCCGGAAGUCUACUUCUAGUAAUUUCAAGUCAAGAGUAGUUCUACGAAAAAAUCAAUCUCGAGCAUCUACAGAGAAUUAUACAGAAACCGAAGAUGAGUCCUCAGGUGGACUUGUAGAUGGUAAGGAUGGGACGGAACACGAGGAGAAGGACGAGAAGGACGAGAAGGACAAGAAGGAGGUUGAAGAGGAAAAGGAUAUUGAAGAAGGAGUCUGUUUGCUCAACCAGAAGGAAAAUGAAGAAAACCAGAAAGACAGGGUAGAGACGAAACAGGUGUAUAAAGAUGAGAGGCAGAAUGAAGAUGAGGAUGAGGGGGAGGAUGAGGCGGAGGAGGAUCAAGAUCAGGAUGAAUCCGAUAUUAUGUCAGAUGAAGCCAAGGAGAGUGCAGGAGACUGCAGUCCAGGGCUUGUAAAACAAAAUGACGGUUUAGCUCAUGGCUCUCAAGAAGAAACCUCCAGGAGGCUGAAUGGGUCCUCCAGACGUGUCUCCAGUUCGAAUCCUGGAGGUAGUAGCUGGGAUCAAGGAGGCAGGAUGUGGACUGGACGUGACCAUGGAUGGAAUGAAGGGGAGCGUAUAUCCUCUACCUCAAAUCUAACCCAAUCCAGGAGAAAAUAUCAGUCCUGCUUCUCAUUAAAUAAGAAGGAAGGGGAGAAUAGACAAACUAAAUCUACAGGAGAACUCCAAGGCUUCUGGUGUACUGUAUGUCAGAUUAGUCUAAACAGUAAAUCCCAGAUGUCCCAGCAUCAGAGUUCUAGCCGGCAUCAGAUGCGACAGUUUGAGCAGUCUAGGGGAAAGCAAGCCGUUGUGUCUAGAGGUGUCGGAGGAGGUGUUGGAGGAGGAGGAGGUGUGUGUGGAGGAUUCCUAUAUCCUCCUCCUGGUUGUCAGCACUCUGCUCAAUUAGAUGUCUCUCAGCAUUAUCUACCUAAGGUUGACCGGGUACUGAGGGAUAUUCCUAUGCUCAAUAUGUUCCUACAACGGCUUCAGCAACAUCAUUACUUCCCACCCAUCAGGGAUGAAGAGGAAGUAGUGAGAGAAGAGGGACGUUAACAAAAUAACAUCCCUAUCUGGUCCAGGGACCACCCUCCCUAUCUGGUCCAGGGACCACCCUCCCUAUCUAGUUCAAGGCCCACAAUCCCUAUCUGGUCCAAGGCCUUCUGUCCCUAUCUGGUCCAAGGCCUUCUGUCCCUAUCUGGUCCAGGGUAUGCCCUCAUUAAUUGGUCUAGGGCUCAACUCCAACAGGGUCCAAUAUUCCUAACUGGUCCAGGGCCCCACCUCCCAAUCUGAUCGAGGGCCCCACCUCCCUAUCUGAUCGAGGGCCCCACCUCCCUAUCUGAUCGAGGGCCCACCUCCCUAUCUGGUCCAUCUGGUCCAAGGGCCGAUUUCCUUAGUUAGUCUAGGGCCCGACCAGGUUUUAUUCCUCCCUGGGCUAAAGUUUGAACUCACUUCUCUCCCAAUCUUUAAUCUAUUCUUAACAGGUUUUGAGCCGAAUCUGUUUUCUUUAUGCAUAGUUUUUAAUCUGAUUUUAAAUAUUUCUAUUACGGUGACAUUUCAGAAGGUUUUAUGCACUAUUUUUCAUAAUUUUAUUUUGAAAUGUUAUGUUUUUGAUCAUUAAAAUUUUAUUUGUGUUAAGAUUUCAAAACAUAUGUCACCCAUUUUACUUUAAUUAAAACUUAAAACUAUUUUACUAAAAUAAAAAUGUGCUGGUAAGCAUAAACCCUACUUUAAACAUUUACGAUUUUGGUGUUUUCACCUUUUUUAUUCACAAAACACUUUUAAUGGGGAUCAUUAAUCAGCUUGUGUUUGAGUGAUCAAUCAUAAAUCAGCUGUUAAGAGGUAUUCAUUUAUUGCAGCAGAAUUGAAUCAGCUGAUAAAUGAAUUAUCAUAAAACAGCUGUUAAUGAGUAAUUAUAAAACAGCUGUUUAUGGGUGAUUAUGAACCAGCUGUUAUUAUGAGAAUUCAUGAAACAGCUAUUUAAUGGUAAUCAUAAAUAGCUGUUAAUGGGUAAUAAUAAAACAGCUGUUAAUGGAUAAUCAUAAAACAGCUGUUAAUGGGUAAUCAUACAACAACUGUUAAUGGAUAAUCAUAAAACAGCUGUUAAUGGGUAAUCAUUAAACAGAUGUUAAUGGGUAAUCAUAAAACAGCUGUUAAUGGAUAAUCAUAAAACAGCUGUUAAUGGAUAAUCACAAAACAGCUCUUAAUGUAUAAUCAUAAAACAGCUGUUAAUGGGUAAUCAUAAAACAGAUGUUAAUGGGUAAUCAUAAAACAGAUGUUCAUGGUAAAUCAUAAACAAGCUGAUGUAUGUGUACUCGUUAAUCAGAUCAGCUGAUAAUGGGCAAUCAUAAAUCAGCUGAUGUAUGUGUACUCGUUAAUCAGCGGUGAGUGAGUAAUCAAGAAACAACUUGAAAAAAGUAUUGACAAUAUCCAAAAAUUCUUAGUUUGAUCAAAAUAAAAUUUAACCAAGAUGUUUUUUGCAACAAAUAUUUCAUUCUUAAGUUUUAUUCAUUUCUCCCAAAUUUUGUUAAAUUCAUUUGUCUACUUUUUAAUUGUUUGAAAUCAAUAUGUUUAGCUUUCCAAGAACAUUUUAGUUUGAAAUUUACUUUACAUAUAUAAAUAGAAGCUCUUCUUCAAUAUAUAGAUAUACGUUUGUAUAUUAUGUAAGUUCUUCUAGAUUAUUUAACUAGAAGCUCUUCCAAGUAUAUAU